CCGGCUCCGCGCCGCCCACGGCCCGGCCCCCGCCUCGGCGCCGGGAGGACUCUCAUGCGCCGGGCGCGGCGGCGCCUCCCCGGAUCCGAGCCUCCCUCGGCGGCGGCCUCGUCGCGAUCCUCCGGCUGAGAGCGCCGCUGCCCCCACGGCCGGCGAUGCGGGGCGCCGGCGCGGCCACCCCGCGCUCCCCCGCGGGCUUCGGCGCCCUGGUGCUCGCGCUGCUGGGCGCGCUGUCCGCGGGCGCCGGGGCGCAGCCGUACCACGGCGAGAAGGGCAUCUCGGUGCCGGACCACGGCUUCUGCCAGCUCAUCUCCAUCCCGCUGUGCACGGACAUCGCGUACAACCAGACCAUCCUGCCCAACCUGCUGGGCCACACCAACCAGGAGGACGCGGGCCUCGAGGUGCACCAGUUCUACCCGCUGGUGAAGGUGCAGUGCUCGCCGGAGCUGCGCUUCUUCCUGUGCUCCAUGUACGCGCCCGUGUGCACCGUGCUGGACAAGGCCAUCCCGCCCUGCCGCUCCCUGUGCGAGCGCGCGCGCCAGGGCUGCGAGGCGCUCAUGAACAAGUUCGGCUUCCAGUGGCCCGAGCGGCUGCGCUGCGAGAACUUCCCGGUGCACGGCGCGGGCGAGAUCUGCGUGGGCCAGAACACGUCCGACGGCUCGGGGGGCCCGGGCGGCGGCGGCGCCACCGCCUACCCCACCGCGCCCGCCUACCUGCCCGACCUGCCCUUCACCGCGCCGGCCCCCGGGGCGGCCGACAGCCGGGGCAGGGCCUCCUUCCCCUUCUCGUGCCCGCGGCAGCUCAAGGUGCCCCCGUACCUGGGUUACCGCUUCCUGGGCGAGCGCGACUGCGGCGCCCCGUGCGAGCCGGGCCGCGCCAACGGCCUCAUGUACUUCAAGGAGGAGGAGCGGCGCUUCGCGCGCCUCUGGGUGGGCGUGUGGUCCGUGCUGUGCUGCGCCUCCACGCUCUUCACGGUGCUCACCUACCUGGUGGACAUGCGGCGCUUCAGCUACCCGGAGCGGCCCAUCAUCUUCCUGUCGGGCUGCUACUUCAUGGUGGCCGUGGCGCACGUGGCCGGCUUCCUGCUGGAGGACCGCGCCGUGUGCGUGGAGCGCUUCUCCGAGGACGGCUACCGCACGGUGGCGCAGGGCACCAAGAAGGAGGGCUGCACCAUCCUCUUCAUGGUGCUCUACUUCUUCGGCAUGGCCAGCUCCAUCUGGUGGGUCAUCCUGUCGCUCACCUGGUUCCUGGCGGCCGGCAUGAAGUGGGGCCACGAGGCCAUCGAGGCCAACUCGCAGUACUUCCACCUGGCGGCGUGGGCCGUGCCGGCCGUGAAGACCAUCACCAUCCUGGCCAUGGGCCAGGUGGACGGCGACCUGCUCAGCGGCGUGUGCUACGUGGGCCUGUCCAGCGUGGACGCGCUGCGCGGCUUCGUGCUGGCGCCGCUCUUCGUCUACCUCUUCAUCGGCACGUCCUUCCUGCUGGCCGGCUUCGUGUCGCUCUUCCGCAUCCGCACCAUCAUGAAGCACGACGGCACCAAGACGGAGAAGCUGGAGAAGCUCAUGGUGCGCAUCGGCGUGUUCUCCGUGCUGUACACCGUGCCGGCCACCAUCGUGCUGGCCUGCUACUUCUACGAGCAGGCCUUCCGCGAGCACUGGGAGCGCACCUGGCUCCUGCAGACCUGCAAGAGCUACGCCGUGCCCUGCCCGCCGGGCCACUUCCCGCCCAUGAGCCCCGACUUCACCGUCUUCAUGAUCAAGUACCUGAUGACCAUGAUCGUGGGCAUCACCACCGGCUUCUGGAUCUGGUCGGGCAAAACCCUGCAGUCGUGGCGCCGCUUCUACCACAGACUCAGCCACAGCAGCAAGGGGGAGACUGCGGUAUGAGCCCCUCCCCCCCUUCUCUCCCUCCCCCCCACACUCCUUAAUAGAGGGAAGGAACUUGGGGGGGCUGCUUCCUGUAGCCCCCUCCCCCUCCUAGGAGAAGUGACCUGGAAGGGAAAAAGGUGGAUGUGGAUGUGGGACGAGGUGUGGGAAGGAGGCCUGAGCGGGAAGACGGUUUGGGUGGAAGGACUUCUGGCAAAGACUUGCAGGAUGAUGAUGGUGAUGAUGAUUCUGAUAACGAUGGGGCUUCUCACGUGUGCGGUACGGACGCCCUGGGCCUAUGCAGAAGAGCGAGACCAGCAGACAAAUGCUCAGUUCCUCCCAGCUCCGGCUGUCCUGGGGCCUGGCCUCGCUCCCUCCCUCCCUCCCUCCCGGGAGGCCCUGGUGAAAGGUACAGCUCGGUCUGCUGCGGCCGCUUUGUUGGAAAAGGGUGGACUCCCUGCGGUGCCCUUGUCAAGCGGUGGUCAAACCAUAAUCUCUUUUCACUGGGGCCAAACUGGAGCCCAGAUGGGUUAAUUAACAGGGUCAGGCAUUACAGUCGGCAGCCUCUCCUGCCCAGCCCCCUCCCGCCUGUUGCUUUUUCCCCCUCUCACUCCUUUAAAGUUUUAUGAAAUAAGCAUUUGGAUAUCCUAAUGUGAUUCCUCGAAUCCUAAUGUGAGGAUGCAAAAGAAAUGAAGAUAGUCUUCGGAGAUGGUGCAAAGGAGUAGGAGGUAUUUUUGCUUUUUUUUUUUUUUCCUAUGGAAUGCAGGAGGAAGAGAGAAGGGUGUUUUAUUUUGUUUAAUGCCAUGCAAAGAAGUGUUGACUUGUUGCUUUUCAAAACAGGAGUGCAUUUCCCCCCUUGUCUUUGUUGUAAGAGACAAAGGAGGGAACAAAAGUGUCUCUCUGGAAGGGCAUAACUGUGAAGACAGCCAAUCUUACAGGCGAGGUCGUGCAAACCUGAGGCUUCUCUCUGGAGGUUAACUUGGUGGAGAUAAACAUUCCUUUUUAAGGAAAGGUGAAAGGCAGUGUGGUUCCAUACCCCCACUGGGUCAGAGAUCCUGACUUGGCUAAAGGAAAUGCAAGGGGUUUGUUGAUUGUUUUACAUCCAUUUUAUUCAGAACACAUGAUCCAAUGACAUGGGCUCUGUGAAAAUGGGAAGGGAAAUCCCUCCCUUCAUUUUUUUUCUUCUUCCUAUAAACCUGCCUUUAGGUUUUCUUUCUAGUCUUUUUUUCUCCAACUUGAACCCUCCUGGGUAAAAGGAAGAGCAUAAUGUCUUCAGCCUCCAUAGUGCAGGCAAGCUGGACUUGAAAAGUAAAGAAAAAUGUUUGUCCUGUUUUCAUAGCCCCAUAAAUCCAUUUAGAACACAUCUUGUGUAUGCUGAUCCUGUCUUUGUCUGGCUGGGUGGGGAGGUGACCUGCAGAGAUGAUGGUAAAUGAAGAGGACAGUUCGAAUCCUGGGCCCCCUUCCUAAAGAAAGUCAUUAAAAGAAGGUAAACUUCAAAGUCAUUCUGGAGUCCUUUGAAAUGUGCUGGAUGACUUAAAUGUAUUAAUCUUAAAUCAUGGACUUUUUUUUCCUUUCUAUAAUGGAACUCUGUUCCUUUUGCCUAAUGGUCUAAAGCUGAGCAGAGGAUCAUGGGAGCUAACCUUUACUCCACCUUUGACACCACCCUCCGGUCUUGCAACACUGUCCCAUUUCUCAAAAACAGUUUUAAAAUGCUGUUUUAAACAGUUUUUAAAUCAUAGGGGGGUACGGUCAGGAAUACAAGUUACUUUCUAUAAUGUUCAGCCGAAUUGGAGCUGCUUUUUAUAUUAAAGUUAUUGACCGUGGGUUUCUUAAACCUCCAAAACUGUCUCAUUUGUCAGAUUUUUAAAAUUCCCACCAUGCAGUUCUUUGGCAUCUUCUGUGUUGUAUCUCUUGCAUGUGAAAUUUGUAAGAUAGAGACAAGUGCGGUAUGUAUAUUUUGUAAAUCUCCCAUUUUUGUAAGAAAAAUAUAUAUUGUAUUUAUACAUUUUUACUUUGGAUUUUUUGUUUUGUUUUGCCUUUAAAAGUCUACAAGGAAGCCCCACUUUAUCACAUGUACAGAUCACAAAAUAAAUUUUUUUUAAA